GAGCCCCCGCCUCUAAACAACAACAACAAUGUCACUGGCUCAAUCCCCGAUAUCAGAUGACAACUUUGUAGCCUACCACAGUUCCUCUUUCAGUUCUAUAAUAUAAAGACACACGCGGCUUCUCUCAAGUGAAAGCAAAGUUUAGAAGGCUGCUACCAUGCGCGCACUGGAAAUCUGUCUCCUUCUCCUGUUGGCUCACGCAGGCACAAGCAGAGGGAAUACAAUUGAUCAUACCUGUACCUGUGGAAGUGGCACAGAAUUGACAUGUAUGGCCCCAGCCGAGCCUGGAGUCAGCUAUCGGUCUGUCAGAUGGUACAAGAUUGACAACGAAAAUAAUUUAAGAGGCCUUGUAAAGAAGCGUCUGUCCCUACAAAACAAUACAGUUGAGUUUUACCAGGGUUUGAUCCGCCAUGUGGAGUUUGUCUCAGAGAACUCAUCAAACCUCGUCUUGCCCAAUGUGACGGCAAGUGACAAAGGAAGAUAUAUGUGCAUGCUGGCUGCACCCCUGGGACAUCAAAAUCAAGAGGGAGAGGUCUUCCUUAGGGUCAAAGGUUGCCCAAAUCAUGAUCUUUCAGAGUUGGUCUGGGCCAUUGCUCUGCUUUUAGUAUCACUGCUCCUAUUGACCAUAAGCUACAUGUUUUUAAAGAACGCAUUCAGGAGCAGCAAGAAGAAGCUGAUCAAAGAAAGCCUUUGGAAGAUGUCUCACCAGCAAGGAAACAUGAUUUAUAUUAUGGGAAAAGAUGGGAUGAAAGCUUUUGAGGCUGUCUAUGUGUGAGAUGCACUGUUAGGCUGUUUCAUUUCUACACUGUCAGUAUUAGCUGCUAACGAGGAUUGACGCAAGACUGAAGAAGAGCAACCCAUCUGACUGCUACUGCCAACUCACCAACCAGAGCAUGUUGUGGUGACAGCAGACCAGACUAAUCGUUGACUGAAUUCGUUAGGAGGGCAUCUCAGAGAUCGAGACGUGGAUUGUCGACGGUCCACGGCCUCUGUCUAGAUUGUCGAUGGUGACGAAUGGGAAUGUAUGGAUGACAAAUGAGGCAGCUGACCGUCUGGAUAGGCUAUCUCAAGAGAGUGAUACUCGUGGUGAUGGUUGUGAAAGGUUUUCGUCUGUGAGGAGAAAAUAGUUAGAAGCUGCUUCACAAGAUAGACUAAAACUACGUAUUAAAAAAAGAUAAGAAUACUGAGACAUUUACAAAUAUUUAAAAAUAUUAUACAAAUAUAACUAAGCUUAAAUGGAAUAUGAUGAUAUAUUGAUUAAGAUAAAGGCUAACAAAUAAGAGUAAAUGCAACUAAAAGCAACAAAGUAUAAAUUAAUGCAAAUAUUAACUGUAUAUCUUUGUUUAGCCUAAGUAUAAAAAGUAUUCCAAAUCCCUCCAUGGCUGUGGAAGCUCACCUUGAGGAUUUGGUUCAGAGCUGUAAAUGUAGAUACUGUACGGCUUUCAUUUGGUAAUGUUACAGCGACAUCUCGUGGUGAGAUUUCUGAAAUGCAACCAAAUGAAUAAGAGUUCAGAGAGCGAAAUGAUAGCCAAACAUGCAGAAAGCAUCCUGUAGAGGCUUUUGCUUUGUUCAUUCUGAACUGUAGAUACAUAGUAGACUCCAGGGACCCACUCUCUAUGAAGGACUUUAUCUAAGUGUAUAAAAACACAACUUGUAUGUAUUACACUAAUAGCAUAUCAUUUAUACUAUUCCAUUUCUGCUGGACUGUCUGUAAUCCUUCGAACUGUCCCUUUGAAAUGCCCCAUUCCACCUGGCUGGAGAGGCAGAAGGCUGUAUUGUCCCUUAAGAAGCAUGUUCUUCUUGUUACUCCAGGAUAAUCUCUAAGGAAAUAUCAUAUUCUCUGUGUUGGCAUAGUGGAUAGUACAUGUCAGAGAAUGGUUUAAUAGCCUACCUUCGAUAAGUUCCUGAAUUCAGAUUUUUUUUUUCAUUUCCACACUGGAUUUUCUGUUCUUUUUUGGGGUGGGCAUUGUUGUUGUUGUUGUUGUUGUUGUUGUGAAAAUGUGAAAACUACUGACACUGAAUGUAAUCAUUAGUCAAAAUAUUGAUGUCACUUGUUUGAGUCCAUCACUAAACUGUGAAUUAACUUGUAAUUUCUUCUUUGAUAAAUAAACAUAACUGCUUACA